ACAACGGGCCGGUGAGGAGCAGCCGCCGCCGUCUCCGCCGUCGCUCCGGCAGCCGCCGCGGUGGUCGCCUAGCGCAGCCGGGCUUGCUCUCCGGCCGCCGCCUUCCAUCCGACAUCCUGCCCGGAGGAGGCUGAGGCUGAAUUCAGCACGGCCCGGGUACUGUCCGGCCCAGCAUCUGCGCGACCCGCCGCAGUGACAGCCCGGCCCGACCCUUCGCCAGCCCUAGUCUUCACCCUCGGCGCCCGCAGCCACCAUGAACCGGGGUGGCAGCAGUCCGUCGGCCGCAGCCAACUACCUGCUCUGUACCAACUGCCGGAAAGUGCUGCGGAAGGAUAAAAGAAUAAGAGUAUCUCAACCCUUGACAAGAGGACCAAGUGCCUUUAUUCCAGAGAAAGAAGUUGUCCAAGCAAACACAGUGGAUGAGCGAACAAACUUUCUUGUGGAAGAAUACUCUACAUCUGGUCGUCUGGACAACAUCACGCAGGUCAUGAGUUUACACACUCAGUACCUGGUCUUUCUGCGGAGCCAGUUUUACAUGUUGCGCAUGGACGGUCCCCUUCCUCUACCAUACAGGCACUACAUUGCCAUAAUGGCUGCAGCUAGACAUCAGUGUUCUUACUUAAUAAACAUGCAUGUGGAUGAAUUUUUAAAGACUGGAGGUAUUGCUGAAUGGUUGAAUGGUUUGGAAUAUGUACCACAAAGACUGAAAAAUCUUAAUGAAAUAAAUAAACUGCUAGCACACCGACCCUGGCUGAUCACAAAAGAGCACAUUCAGAAACUUGUCAAAACUGGAGAAAAUAAUUGGUCUCUGCCUGAACUGGUACAUGCUGUGGUCCUACUGGCACAUUAUCAUGCUUUGGCAAGCUUUGUUUUUGGUAGUGGCAUCAAUCCAGAAAGAGAUCCAGAAAUCUCCAAUGGAUUCAGGCUAAUAUCAGUCAACAAUUUCUGCGUUUGUGAUCUUGCUAAUGACAACAACAUAGAAAAUGCAUCUCUUACAGGCAGCAACUUUGGGGUUGUGGAUUCUCUAAGUGAGCUAGAAGCCUUAAUGGAAAGGAUGAAAAGGCUUCAAGAGAAAGGGAAGAUGAAGAGGCAUCUCAGGAAGAAAUGACCACAGCGUUUUGAGAAGGAGAAGAAAGAAAGUCUUUUUGUGGUCUCUGGAGAUACUUUUCAUUCAUUUCCUCAUUCAGAUUUUGAAGAUGACAUGAUUGUAACAUCUGAUGUCUCUCGAUACAUUGAAGAUCCUGGUUUUGGGUAUGAAGACUUUGCGAGAAGAGGAGAAGAGCAUUUGCCAACAUUUCGAGCUCAGGACUACACCUGGGAAAAUCAUGGGUUCUCCCUGGUGAACAGACUUUAUUCAGACAUUGGACAUCUUCUUGAUGAGAAGUUUCGAAUGGUCUACAAUCUCACCUACAACACUAUGGCCACCCAUGAGGAUGUUGACACAACCACGCUGCGCAGAGCUUUAUUUAACUAUGUGCACUGUAUGUUUGGAAUCAGGUAUGAUGAUUAUGACUAUGGGGAAGUUAACCAAUUACUUGAACGAAGCCUGAAGGUUUACAUUAAGACAGUGACCUGCUAUCAGAGAACUACAAAGCGCAUGUAUGAUAGUUACUGGCGGCAGUUCAAACACUCUGAAAAGGUUCAUGUAAAUCCUUUAAUGGAAGCACGGAUGCAAGCUGAACUGCUUUAUGCCCUUCGGGCCAUAACUCGGCAUUUGACCUGAAGCAUUGACCAUGGAGGAGAAUGGCAUGUGUGUAAAGACCUUUUCACAUAUGAUUACAUCAGAAACUAUUUGUGAUAUAGCAUCAAAAAUUAUCCAAUUCUCUAGUGUCAAAGUUUAGCUGUUGUUUUUUUUUUUUUGUUGUUGUUGUUGUUUUCUUUUCCGGCUGUAAUGUGCAAUGAUGUGUUUUAUUUUUCUUGAUGCUUAACAUUACUAACAAUUGCAAAAAAUAAUACUGAGGAGCACUACUUUGCAUUGUUUAGAGUUGGAUUUUUGGAUACUGAUCAUAAGUCAUGAACCUGGUUUGUUAGUGCUUAACUUCAAUGCUUUGGGGUUCGUGUGUAUGUAUACUUUUUCUUUGCCCCCCUCCCUCUUUUAAUAAGGAAAAGCGCUUACAAUCUGCUCAAGCAAUUAUUUUUCAGAUCUUGGAAUUCAGCAAAGAAUGACCUCCUCUGGCCAUUCUAAAAAUUUCAUGUUGUGUCCUAAGUCUGGUGGAGGAAAGGCAUGCGCUGUUGAACCAAGCUGCUCAAUGACACAAAUUUGUGUCCCCAGGAAAUUAUUUGUCAGGCACUGUGUUUUUUGUUUAUUUGUUUUUUUUUACUGCUAUCGGCGAUAACGUGAAAUGUGAUACAGCCAUUGUCCAUAACUUAAUGUGAAGUUAAUCAUGAUGAAUUCUAUAGCAUGCUACUGAAAUGCCAAAUUUAGCUAUUUUCUUUCUUUCUAAAACGGAAGUUUCAGUUUUCCAUAUCAGAUGUAUAUAUGAAAAGCAGAAUUAUGCACAAUCCUUCCUAUCACUGACAGUACUUCUCAGUCACCUUAAAUAAUCAGUGCUCACAGUGCUGCUCACAGUUCUUUCAGUUGGCACAUAUAAACCUGCACCCACACAAGACUGACCAAAAAUUUUCUUUGCACAUUUUCCUUUCUUGUAGUUUUUUUCUAUAUGGCAGUAAACAAAAGAAGGUUACAUGCCUACAUUUUUCCAAUUAGGCUUUUAGAAAUUGUUUCCAUGACUUUCUUCCUAUAAUAGACUAAACAUAUUAUUAUUCAAGGUUAAAAUGUGUUUCUAUGCAUUAAUGUGAUUGAACAACAACAAAAAAUGAGUGCAAUAUGUUCUAAAAAAUACUCAACUUUCCCCCUAUUAUGUCACUGCAGAAGUGUCCUUUCAAAACAGAGCCAUAAGGAAAUUUUGUUUAAAUUUCUUUAUUGAAAUAGGCUGUUUUCAGUUUUACCUACUGGGGUUGAAAAAUGUUCUUUUCAUAAUGCCAAAGCAUUUCCCUUCCCCAGAAAAAUCUCUUUGGACAACUGGUUAAAAAAAGAUGUCAAGUCAUAGGGGAGGAAUAGCAGCCAAAAAGUCACAUUUUGCAUUGGUUUAUGUUGCUUGAUUAGACUAUCUUCAGAGAGCACAACAUUAUGUGUUUAUAGCUUUAAUUUAUAUUAUGUUAAUGAACCAGUGAAGUGCCUAAAGAGAUGCUUACAACUAUCCAGUAGGACACAACUGCACCUGCUUAAACACGUUUUGGUUAAUUAAGGGUGACUUGAAUUUUACACAUACAUGCUAAUUUUUAAAAAACAUAUUCAUUUUUUCAUAGUAAAUAAUAUAUCUAAAAUUUUCCGUUAUAUUUCCCACAAAGAUUUCAGUUUAGAUAUACUUUCUUAUUACAUAGGACCUACUUUUUUCUCUCAUGAAAGGAUCAUGAGCUAGUGUCUUGUUAAAUCACUUUUCCCUUCCAUUUACCAUCCUUCUCUGGUACAGUACAUUGGUUGCUUUGCUUUAGCUUUUGUUCCAGAUAGGAAAACAAGAUGACUGUACACCUAGUAACAUAUAAGACAGUUUGCAUUUUGGAUUCCAGGAUCUUGUUUGAAAUCUUCCAUGUGAGGAAAAGGGUUACUAAUAUUUUUGAAGACAGGGUGGUUUAUUAAAGAGACUAUUCAAAGAACUCAUGCCAGAUCUCUUGUGUUUUGUUUAUUGCAUAUACCAUAUGUUGAUUUUCUUCAGUAUCAUGUUAUAUAGAUAUGCACUAGCUACAAGGAAAGUAUUUAGGAGAAUGGCAAAACACAGAUGACAGCAUAAAUGUCCAUUAGAUUUCCCUCACCUUAGGAUUUUCAAUGGAGGAUAUCUUUUAUUCUUGUGUUUGUUUUCUUAUUAGAAUUUUUUCAAAUAAUAGCCCUAUAUUUUUGUGCAGGUGAAUUGUAUUACAGGAUGAAAAUGAUUUUUAUGUAUUGACUAGGAAGAGAAAUUCUCACAGGACACCAUAUGAGCUUUAGACCAAAAGGGGAAACAAAGUUUAAUAACUGAAAUGGCCACAUAUUCUUCCUUUUUCCUUUUUCCCCAGAAAUAUAAGUAGUUAGAGGUUGGGUUAUAGAAAUAUUAGUGCCUUUAAUAGAUCUUUUUCCUAGCAAGGCUUCUUUUUAGGUCAGCAUUGAUCUGUUUUGUUAAUAAUCAGGAAAAUAAGUUGACUUGGAACUAUAAACAGAAAUGAGAUAAUAUAUUAAUAAACCUCAAUGAGCCAGCCUAGAGGAAUUAACUCGUGAAGGUGCCAAAGCACCUGUCAGGAUGCAGCAUGCACAGCAUUCCAGGCUUGGAUCCCGUUUUACCAGGAGUUUGCAGUUCACUCUCUUUAUCCAGUGCAAACUUGAAAUUCUGAUGCGGUUUUGCAGGGUGGUAUUUUUUCAGAGUAUUGAAUUUACUAUGUAGUAAUUUAUAGUGUAGCUUUUAUAUUAAAAUGUGAUAUUUUUAAAAAGAGAUAUCUGGUUCAAUUGGUAUAACGAAGUGAUUAUCUGAUACGCUAAUCUACACCUUGGGCUCACAUUGUGCCAAACUUAAAUGUGCAAAUAUAUGUGAAAAAAAAGCACAUGUGAAUGUGAAGUCUUUAAGUACUUGCUUAUUAUGUUAAAGUUAGUCUAAUAACCCCACUCGUGUGUGCUUGAAUAAUAUCAGAUUUGGAAUUCCAAGUUUUCCAGCUUUGAUGGUAACUCUUAAUUUCUCAGAUCACCUUAAGAAAUAAUGAAAUGCCCUCCUCCUCCGCCCAUGUGAAAUCAAACCUGUUCUUUAACCUCUCGACUAAGGGAAGGUGCCUCAUUGGAACCUGCAGGUUAGUUUCCUCAUGUGAACUUGUGACAAUAGGCGGAACUAGGUUUUCGAGAUGGGACUACUUCACCUUUUUGAACAUUGUCUCAAUCUCAGGAAGAAUUUGUCCCACUUGGGAUACUCUUUAAAACUAAGUUGAUGAACAUGGAAUGUGGGGCAUCGUCUUGACUUUUAAUUAUGGUUCUAAGCCCAAAUAAUGGCACAGAGCAACACAGAGCUAAUUUUAGAACAGAAAACUCAAUGUUUAUUUAAAAUAUCAUAAAAUUUGAACCACAGCCCCUAUUUUAUUUGUGCUGUAAUGUCUCCUAAAGACUUUAAAUACUACUAAAAUCUAAUUAAUAUUAUUAAAGCAACUUUUUCCUUUCCCACCUUACUAAGUUUUUAAAAUCCAAAAUCUUAGGUUUCUGUGCCACAGCAAAGUAAAUUUAUCAGCAAAGAUCCGAACUUAAAAUAGUUCACCACUUUAAUGGAGAGUGCAUGCAAAUAUGGUAAGAUUCUUUUUAACACUAAAGACAAUUCAUCAGAGAAAAUCAUAAAUUUCAGUGCAAGUUUUAAAAAUAGUCUGCACUAUGAUAUCAAAUGAAAGUUUUUGUUUUGUUUUAUUAUUUUUUUUGGCAGGGGGCGUGUACUGGGGAUGGAACUCAGGGGCACUCCCACUGAGCCACAUCC